AUGGACACCGACGACACUGUCUCUGUCAAUUCCCCUGAGCUUUUGGUAGAUUCAAUGAACAGUGUUCAUUUUGCGGAGUUCGAAGCUAUGGAUACCAGCGACGACAGUGUCGGUGAUGACAGCGGAAUCGGUACUACCGAUUCCGACACUGUCGAGCAUUUUCCGUUCUACAUCGAAGACAUUGCAGUAUUCAUUAUGUGGAUGACCUGGACCUGCCUGUCUCUCACCGGAAUUGCUAUGAAAAGCAAAGCCUUUGACGUCGUCUUUCCCACAGAAAAUCACAUCUCUGAAUUGUUGCAAAUCGCACCAACGCUUGAAUUUGCUGCUGGUCUGGUAGACGUUUUUCAAGCUGCAACGCCCCCUACAAUCGAUUUUUUUAAGACUCUGCCACUACAUCUGAACAAGAAAUGGGCCGUCUACUUGCUCGUCCUUGAAAAGCCUGGUCAUCUCCCUCGUGUUUACAUUGGCAGCGGAACCACCUUUACAGUCGGUGUUCUCAGGCGUAUGAGCACAUAUGAUCGGAGAUCUCAGCUUCACCAAUACAUCGACACUGUCUCGGAGUAUGUCAAUUCUUCUAUGGAUAAAGGCUUCACCAUCACUCACAAGGGCCUCCUCGUCUGGGCAGAUAUACCACUCGCCUCGGAGAAAUAUCGGUUUCGCUCUCUCUUUCUUCUCCUCGAGACUGUGUUCUCUCUGUGCUUCUGGACCAUGAAGAGCCGCACAAAGCAUUAUUUCAUGCCUGGUCUUUGUCCUUGGUCUCGCGAGAGCUUCACUUAUGAUGGUCUCUGCACACAUUUCUCGAUCAUGGAAAUUCCUAAGGGUAUUCUCCAGUACUUUACACCCGAGCAACGUGAGGCCUACAAUGCUCAGGACGCAGAGAGACAUACCGCACUUCAAACGAAAUACACCCUCGCCAAAGGCCCAGGAGUCCACGCAGCUUGGGCAAAGCGGUCACGGGAUAGAGCGUUGGAAGCUCAGACAUACAAAUGUACUCUUUGCGAUUUGACGUUUCCCAAUGAGGCAAAGCGAAUUCGACAUCUUGACGGCUCUGCACAUAAAAAGAAGGUCGCGGGAAUUGGAAGACAGACAAAUGGCAGGGGCGGCGGUCAAACUGCCAUUCGGAACAAGACUUUUUGGUGCGAGCUAUGUCAACAUGCUGCUUCAUCUCAAAAGAGAUUAGAAAGGCAUCUCAAUGCUCGGCCACAUGCAAAGAAAAUCAGAGACAGAGAAGCGAGCGCUAAGCUUGCCGCGAGUGUUACGCCUACAACAUCUCAAACCAAGAAGCCCGAGGAACAACAAGAGCGCGCCAAACCCAAUACUCUUCAGCAAUGGCUGGUUGUGGGCGGCGUUGUCCGGGAUCUCCUUGAUCUUUUGAAGGAAGCAAACCAAGAAGUUCCUGCUUUCCUCGAGAACAUUGCUCGUGAAGGAUCUGGCUUCGGUGGCGGUGGUGGUGGUCGCGGAGGCGGUCGCUCAGGAGGCCGUGGCCGUGGAGGUGGUGCCAACCGCGAUUUCAGAAAGACUGCUGGAGGGUUUGGAGCUGGUGGUGGUGGAGGAGGAUACGGCGGCAGUGGUGGCGGAUACGGAGGGGGUGGUGGUGGAUUCAACGGUCCUCCAGCUGCUGCUUACGGUGGUGGUGCUGGCGGUGGUUACGGUGGCAGUUCAGGUGGUGCUUAUGGUCAACCAUAUGGCAACCAAGACAAGAACAUGGGGCCCCAAUCCUCCUGGUGGUAG